GGGUGCGGCCGUGUUGCGCUUUCCUCCCGCAGCUUGCGUCCGCGGGCCUGUUUCUGUUGGAAUCCGCGAGAAACCCGGCGGAUGCAGGGAUUUGGGAUGGAUCGCCGAUGCCCAGCUCGCAGCCUGAUGCAAUGAAUGCAGCGCAGGUCGCGUGCAGCUGGGACAGCAAAUAUUUGUAAAAGCACAUACAGUAACAGGCCCAGGUUAAGAUGCUACAAGGCUCUAAUGUCCUGGGGCACGAGAGGCCCCUUGUCUUCAGGAUAUCCUUCACCACGUUCGUACUGGGAACCGUGUGCCUGCCGCUGCUCGGACUGAUAACGUGCGUCUUCAUAUCCUCUGUUUUUCAUUUCGAGGACUCCACUGGAACACACUGCCAGGUUCCCAACUACCUGCCCUCCAUCAGUGCCUCAAUAAGCCUGAGUCCCGAGUGCCACAUAUGGCGCUUUUGCAUCGGGCUGCACUCGGCACCAAGGCUCCUGGUGGCGCUCACCUACUUCAAGUUUUACAAAGCACGAUUUGCCUCAAAGUAUCCCGAGAGUUCGCUCAACUGCCUGAACCUGGCCUUUUCUAUUUCUGAGAACCUGGGCCUCCUGCUCCUCACCUAUGUCUCAUCUAGUGAGACGUACUUUGUGCAUAAGGAGGGUUUUGUCCUGUUUAUUGUGAGUUCCAUCAUCUACAUGCUGAUAACCUGCCGUCUGUGGAACGCCAUUACAAAGUAUUCAUUAAGCCCUGAGGACGCCAAGUCCCACCACUGGAAGGUCCGCUUUUUACUCCUUAAUGUGUCCUUCUGUGUUUUUGCUGGAUUUUUUUAUUGGAAACAUAAUAUGUACUGUGAAUCAGGGAGUUACACGUUAUUUGCCCUGUUUGAGUAUCUGGUGGUUUUCUCCAACAUGGCCUUUCAUCUCACAGCCGUGUGGGACUUCAGGAACCGGGAGGUCAUGGUGGUUUCCUCCUCGGAAGAUAAAGACUUCUGACUAGAAACCGAGGAUGUUAAAAUUUCAAGCAGCCAGUCACCGCAUGAGAGCGGCGUUGAUGCCGCUCAGGAUGAAGACUGGGAUGAAAUUUUUCACAUAUUUUCAUGAUUGUCACUCCGGCAGUAUGAAAACAGACGUGCGUUGCUGUGGAACCUAUUCAACUAGUUGUACAGUAUACAGUAUGUUGUUGCUUAAUUCUGGAUGCCUUCACUUAGACACAUAAUGCACACGAUGCAACAUUUUAACUUUUUGUACAAUGCACAAGAUGUUUGUGGCCAUGCUGUAUUUGUUGCCAAAGUAAAGUGACAGCUUUUAAACUGA